CUUCAUUACAGCAAAAAACGCAUAUUAUCGUUAAUGCGGAUCUUUAUCUGGCAACGGCUCCCUGGUUUGGUUAAACUCUAGACAAAAUUACAAUAAGUAUUUUCAAAGAUAUCAGAUUUAUUUAUGUUGUGUGUUUGAACAUGAGAGCUGUCUGCCGCAUUUAUAUACCUUACAUAACUAUACAGAAUGCUGUGCAGGAAAUUGGUAGACACUUAUUGGUUAUAAUUGUACGGUUACAUUUUAUUAUUAGCAUGGCUCUUUCUACAUGUAAGACAGUUAUUUUUGCUUUCAUCCUGCACAGCAAGGUCAAACGUUAAGGUCAAUCACAAUUGUAACCUCUGUUUUGCUCAAACACUAGCCCAGUGAGCCUACAUUCAUAGACUCUUUAACAUGAUUGAUCUGUCUGAAGCACAAGCCAUAGAAAAAACAUCUCUAAACCUUAAUAUGACUUUCUGUUCUUUACCCGAGUGACAUUAGGGAUCUAAAUUAUGAUCAUUUUCAUUAUGGUUUAUGUUUCAGUUUUUUAAAUUAUAGUUUAAAAAAGGUCAUAAUAGUGAAACAUUCCCAGAGCCAACAGAGAACAAACAACAGUCUAAAUACUUACAGAUAUUUAAAUAAUCAUUUAAUAAAACUGAAACAAAACAAUCCUCUAAUGUUAAAGGCUGUAAACAGUGAUGUGGAGUGGUUUUGCACAAUAAAGAAUCUAAAAGAUUGUACUGUUGAUUUUGUUGAUUCAUUUUCUGUCGAUCAAUUAAUUGAUUGUUUCAGGACAAUACAGAAAUGUUGAUCAUAUUCUGUACAUGUCCCUUAUAAUAGAGAAACAGCCCUCUGCUAAAGAGUGCAUUAUCUGUUUUGUUUUUGUUGGUGAUUGAACUGAGUCAUACCUUAAAAUAGUUUUCUCUUUCCAGUAAGUUGCUUGCUUUGCAAAAUAAUUUCAUAAAUCACAAAAAAAUCCUUUCAAAAAGUACAGUAUAUAGUCUUUAGAAAUGCCCUGACGACUGAGAGCAACACUAACGCAGCAUGUAUUGAGUUAAACUUUGCUUCAUUUUCUUACUUACUGGCAGCUACAUAAAAAGCUGGAAGGAAAUGUUUCCUGCUCACAUAUAACUCAGGUCCCAGCUUGCUGACAGACACUCUCUUCUCUCGACACCAACUAAGAGACAAUGAUGCAAUUAAGGACUUUAUUUUUUACAUCCAUACUACUGCCAUGGAUAUUGUCUACUGCAGCAAAAGACAAAUACAUGGAAGUCAGAAGACCUAAGAAAGACACUGCAAACCUUCCAGACUAUGACACUGUUCAAGACUCUGUCACUGACCCAGCAGCAGCUCCAAAAGCUGUUGACAUGCCAACAUGUCUGCUUUGCGUUUGCCUGAUUGGAUCAGUUUACUGUGAGGAGGUGUUCCCUGAAAUGUCAGCAGUCCCAGCAUUGCCAAAAGAAACAGCACAUCUCUACGCACGUUUCAACAAAAUCACAAAAAUAAGAAACCAAGACUUUGCAGACAUGGCCACCAUAAAAACAAUUGACUUAACUGGGAAUCUCAUCACUGAGAUAGACGAUGGAGCUUUUUCAAAACUUCUACUUCUUGAGGAGCUCAUUCUUGUAGAAAACAAACUGACUAAACUGCCUAUGCUGCCUGCCAAGCUGACUCUGUUCAAUGCCAAUUUCAACCAGCUUAAAACCCAGGGUGUGAAGGCAACUGCUUUUAAAAAACUCACAGGACUGGCAUAUCUUUAUCUUGGAAACAAUGAACUGACAGCUGUGCCCCAACUUCCAGAGUCUCUUCAGGUUGUGCACCUGCAUAACAACAAGAUCUCAACAAUAACAGAUGAGACGUUCUGCAGAGGGAACUCCAGUUAUUACAUCCGAACCAACAUGGACGAGGUGAGGCUGGACGGGAACCCUGUGGUGCUGUCUGAGCACCCCGAUAGCUUCAUCUGCCUGCAGGCCCUCCCUAUCGGAUGGUAUCACUGAAAUGACCAAAACAUGCUUUUGACGGUGGUAAGCCCUUCUGAGGAAGAUCUGCGUCAAAUUAAACAUGCAGAUAUAAAGAUACAAAAAAUAUUGUUUGCAAAAUGUGUUUCUUAAUUUCAAUUUGAUAUACUCACAAUGCUUACAGUGCAAGUCCAUAUAAAUGUAAUGUUACAGAACGUCAGGAUUUAAACAAGGGUAUAAAAGAGCUUGUGUUUUGGGAUGCUAUCAACCAUUAUCUAACACGUGUGCAAAAUAAUCCAAGAUGUCUUUAAAUACAGAAGAUAAUUUCGUUAAGUACAAUUUGGCUUGGCUGUUUUGUUUGAGCAGGUGCUAUGCAAUGUUUUAAGAAUUUAACUUCAGUAUCCUAUAGCCAUUCUGGAGAUGAUUUCAUUCUUUCAUUUGAGCUACCAUUAUUAUUAUUACUGCAAAUGUUUUCUUAAUCUGAAGAUAAUAGCAAUAAACGUGCAUGUUUCUCCA